CAAUUGCUCAUCUCUCUCUCUCCCUCUCUGUAACUCUCACUCUCUCUCUCUCCCUCUUACAAUGCCCCAAUAUUGCUCUGCCUCUGUUUCAUAUUUAUAGAAAUUAAGAAAGGGUAAGUAUUGGCUGGCAUAGAUUGUGAGAGAGGAGGCUUAAAUAGAGCAGAAAAUUGAGAUUUUUCUGUACUUGCCAUUUCUGGGAAGAGAGAGAUCUGUAGCACUAGUACUCACAACUUUUUUCUGCAUAUCCUUACCAAUUUAAGUCACUGAGCCGCUUGUUAGUGUCCCAACUCUACCACAUUCUGUGCAUUUAUAAACCCAAAUUAGAGAGAUCUACUUGGGGGGUUUUAAGUAGGCACAAAAAACUUUUUACCAGUGAGAGAGUGAGAGAGAAAUGGCUGAAAUUACACAAAAGCUUGUGUUGCCAGAGACAUUCCAAGGGGUGAGAGAUGAGCUUGCAGGACAAAUUGGGAUGAUGUGGGAGCUUAUCAAAGCACCAUUGAUAGUCCCUCUGCUGAGACUCGGUGUGUACAUUUGCUUAGCCAUGUCACUCAUGCUCUUCAUGGAGAGAGUUUACAUGGGUAUUGUCAUAAUCCUAGUCAAGCUCUUCUGGAAGAAACCAGAAAAACGUUACAAGUACGAGCUCAUACAAGAUGAUGUGGAACUGGGCAGCUCCAAUUUCCCUGUGGUUCUUGUCCAAAUCCCAAUGUUCAAUGAAAGAGAGGUUUACAAGGUCUCCAUUGGAGCAGCAUGCGGACUUUCAUGGCCGUCGGAUCGUCUCGUGAUUCAAGUCCUCGACGAUUCAACUGACCCUGCUGUCAAGCAAAUGAUUGAGCUAGAAUGCCAAAGAUGGGCUAGCAAAGGCAUAAACAUAAGGUACCAAAUUAGAGAGAACAGGGGUGGAUACAAAGCUGGUGCUCUCAAAGAAGGCCUCAAGAGAAGCUACGUUAAACACUGCGAAUAUGUGGUCAUUUUCGACGCUGAUUUCAGGCCUGAGCCUGAUUUUCUAAGGCGGGCCAUUCCUUUCUUGAUCCAUAACCCUGAAAUUGCUCUGGUUCAAGCUCGCUGGAGAUUUGUGAAUGCUGAUGAGUGCCUGUUGACAAGGAUGCAAGAGAUGUCACUGGAUUACCAUUUCACAGUUGAACAAGAAGUUGGGUCUGCAACACAUGCUUUCUUUGGUUUUAAUGGGACUGCUGGUGUCUGGAGAAUUGCUGCUAUCAAUGAUGCGGGUGGUUGGAAAGACCGAACUACAGUGGAGGAUAUGGACCUUGCUGUCCGCGCUAGUCUUAAGGGGUGGAAAUUUUUGUACCUCGGCGACCUCCAGGUGAAAAGUGAGCUUCCUAGUACUUUCAAAGCCUUCCGUUUCCAGCAGCACCGGUGGUCCUGUGGUCCUGCUAAUCUGUUUAGGAAAAUGGUGAUGGAGAUAGUUAGAAAUAAGAAAGUAGGGUUUUGGAAGAAAGUGUACGUCAUUUACAGUUUCUUCUUUGUUCGGAAGAUCAUAGCCCAUAUGGUUACCUUCUCCUUUUACUGUGUUGUACUUCCCCUGACCAUCUUGAUUCCUGAAGUUCAUGUUCCAAUCUGGGGAGCUGUUUAUAUUCCUUCAGUCAUCACCAUUCUUAAUUCAGUAGGAACUCCAAGGUCAAUUCACUUACUUUUCUACUGGAUUCUUUUUGAGAAUGUGAUGUCAAUGCACCGGACCAAGGCAACCUGGAUUGGUCUGCUAGAAGCUGGGAGGGCCAAUGAAUGGGUUGUCACUGAAAAACUUGGAGAUUCUGCUACCAAGAACAAAUCAGGAGAUGCUUCAAAGAAUAAGACAAAUGCCAAAUCAGCUCCUAAAAGACUACGAUUUAAAUUUGCAGAUAGGCUCAACACAUUGGAGCUGGGAUUUGCAGCUUUCCUCUUCUUCUGUGGAUGCUAUGACUAUGUCCAUGGGAAGCACAACUACUUCAUCUACCUUUUCCUCCAAACCUUUAGCUUCCUCAUUGCAGGUUUUGGCUUCAUUGGCACCAUCAUCCCCAGCUCUUAGUGGCUGUAUUCCUAAAUUAUAUACAUUAAAUUGGUGCAUCAUUUUAGUGUUUGUCCUGCCGUGUCCAUAUCUUUCAUCCCAACACCGAAUUAUAUAUUGCGGAUAGGGGUUGAGCAACCAUUGAUUGCGAUUUGUAGUAUGUCAACUUAUUCAAGAAGAGUUCAUUCGUCAUAUUUGACAAGAAAGGUUAUUGCCGUGCUUUCCUCAGGAUAUGUCAUGCAAUUACUCAAGUGAUAUUGGAAAAUAACAAAAAGAAAAGGCUCACAUUACUGGGAAAACACAUUAUACAGAACCAAGUACAAGGAAGAAGCUGAAACAGCAUAUUUGUUUAGACAACAAGGAGACUGUUAUUUAAUUUGUUUUGAUAGAUUGUAGUUGUGAGAUUUUCUUCUUUUUUCGGUUUUCUAUUUGUUAGUUUUCCUUAGUUUUGGUGAAUAAUCCAAGCAAUCAAAAGGGUGAACUUGUAAUCAAAGUAUUUAUAGGCUUAAGCCUUCAUAUGCCGCUUUGGUAUUUAAUGUUUCAAAGUCCAUAGUUAAGGGUGGAGAAUAUUUUACAAAAAGCAACAAUUGCUACUUAGAUUUCCUUUGAAA